UAACAGCUUGACACUUUGAAAUGGAGAAGAAACAAGUUUUAAAACGUUUGUAUGUUGGAGGACUUGGCCAUACGAUUUCUAAGGCUGAACUGCAAGAGAGAUUUGGCAUAUUUGGACAUGUUUUAGAUACAGAAAUUAUUACUAGGAGAGAUGAACAGGGGAAUCCUACAAAAACUUUUGCUUAUAUCACUGUCAGCAUUUCUGAAACAGAUUUUAGAAAAUGCGUGUCAACUUUAAAUAAAACAAAAUGGAAGGGGGGGACGCUGCAGAUCGAGUUGGCCAAAGAAAGUUUUUUACACAGACUUGCCGUGGAGAGAGAGGAAGCAAAGAUGCAGAAGGAAAAACUGCAAAGAGAUGACAAAAGAAACCUAGUAGAAUCGCUGAAAGAGGCUGGAAUUGUAGAUUUUCACAUGAAAGCAGUACCAGGUACAGAGGUGCCGGGUCAUAAGAAUUGGGUUGUUGGUAAAUUUGGCAGAGUCUUACCUGUUCUUCGUCUUAAGAGUCAACAAAAAAAUAAAAUAUCCUUUUCUUAUUCCUAG